GGAUUUGUCAAGGAUGUUCAUGAGGAUUCUGUCACCAUUGCCUUUGAGAACAAUUGGCAACCUGAGCAACAACUUCCAUUCAGUGAUGUGCGCUUACCGCCUCCUGCAGAUUUCAACAAAGAGAUCAGCGAAGGGGAUGAAGUUGAGGUAUACUCCAGAGCUAACGAACACGAACCCUGUGGGUGGUGGAUGGCAAGUGUGCGGAUGAUGAAAGGAGAUGUGAGUAUUCACUGUAGCUGUUUCUGUGAUCCUUUUAGGAUCCAAACCAGAGGGAACAAGGAGAAGCUUUUCAGAACACACAUCCAAAAAGCUGUCCUAUGGAGAAAAGCAAAUAACUGA